GUAAGAAUCACUGCCUUUGAACGGGACUGUUACGCCCAGCUGCAACAAUGUCCAAUCCAUCUCUCGUCUCUCAUCUUCUUCCUCCCUUUCUCUCUCCAUCCACUCCGUCGAUGAGGAUCACAAUGCAGUAGCUCUGAUCUCCCCCUUGCAAAAGACAACCACCAUCACCUUCAUCCACCCUUCGAUUCAACACUCAGUCAACCCCUCCAACGAACCAAGCUAGAGGAUCGACAACGCUCUGAUAUGCAGCUCACCAUGACUGAGAUCGGAGUGUUGUCUCUUCUCUCUGUUUCUCUCUUUUUUUUUCAUCAAAUUUUAUUCAAAAUCUGCAUCGACUUUCCGAUGUCAUCGGUGAUCUAAACAUGUGGAGUGAAGAUCUGCGUUCGAACCUCUGCAUCUGGAGUGGCACGAGUGGUAGCAGAAACAGUAAGUGUGAGCAUCAAGCUGCACCGAUCUCCGGUUGCAAUAGCAGUUGGUGAACGCCGAGACCGUGGUGAUUGCCAGAACAUUCAAGGCACAUAAAGAUGCGCGUCGCUCCAAACCUCAUAAUCCUCAUGGUCAUGGGUUUCGUUGUUGUAGAAACCUCUAGAUUCUUCUCUUUAUUAAUGUCCAAGACUUUCUGAAUCAAUCUAAUCGGAAGGCAAGAGUGUCGGGCAGAGAUCCUCUAUUAGCUCCCCUUUCAAAUUGGGUAUCAUUACCUCGAACUGUUAAUUCCAUGAAGGGGAGGAUGGCUUGUAUAGAAAAACCCUUUGGAGAUGUUGCCCCAUAGCUCAAAUCAAGAUUGUGGAGCUGUUCCAUGAGUUGGGAACGCCGUUCCACCAAAGCAGAAGACGAUGCAGAUGGUUGCCUCGAUAUUCCAUCCCCUGUGACAUGCAACCCAACUGAUAGGCCUUGACCCACAACGCAUCAUGUUUAAAAAGCAUAAAUUGAACGAAUAAGACUAUACAGCUACAAGGUGUUUAAUGGUGUUAACAAAAGUGAAAUAGCACUUACCUCUGCUAGUCUUGAUGUUGAGGGUAUGGUGUCGGAGUCAACUGCACAGAGCUCAUCCACAUUAAUGCUUGUAGAUGCCUCUAUAUUUUUUAAUCACUCGGCAUGAUGAGUCUACACACUGCUUAUCAAGACUAGCUGUGCUAACCUACAUUAUUAACAACACGUGGGUUGUGUUCUUAAACGAGCGUCCUCGAAAAGCCGGUCGCCAAUUGCGAGUUCUGGGAGAGUAGUUUCCUCAAUUCAUUCCGAUUCUGUUUUCUUGGAGGACAUUUUAUCAUUUUUAUUACGAUUUCACUAUACACAAUUAUUAGAAACAGCCUUUGGCACAUCGACACGUGGCCGGGUUCAGAGUGAAUCAGUGUGUUAGACAGGGAAGGGGUCAGUGCCGAGCGUGAGACCAAUGGCGUGACUACACGCAGCGAGUUCGGAUGGCCGCCCGUUCAGGAAUGGAUCACAUCCUAAUCGUCCGCAGCGUCUACCAUCAGGCGACCUCAAGUAUAAAUAGGGCAUCACUCCCCCAAGAUUUUAAUAUUGAAGGAGACGGUCUUCAAGGUCAUGCACUUUAUGAUCAAGGAUUUGUUUAUUGCUGGUCGGGUGCUCGGGCAAAUUUUGGCAUCACUGGAGGGAAAUAUUGCUUUGGUUGCAAAAUUCUUUCAUCUCAGCCAGUUGACAUGGAAGAUACUCCCCCUGAUCAGCAGCAUGUAUGUCGUGUUGGAAUUUCAAGAGGGGAUGAUGCUGUUGGAAAUCUUGGGGAAACCAACCACAGCUUUGGCUUUGGGGGAACAGGGAGAUUUUCAAAUGCAGGGAAAUUUUCAGAUUAUGGCACAAAAUUUAGUGUUGGAGAUACAAUUAUUUGUGCAGUUAACCUUGAAAACAAAUCAUUAGCUUCCAUAGGUUUCUCCAAGAAUGGGAAAUGGCUGGGUAUUGCAAAGCAAUUUGAUGCAGGUCCAAAGGGUCUUGGAGUUGUGGACUCUCCAACAAGAAAUCUAAAAUGGGAAUCUGCAUUGUUUCCACAUGUUUUAUUGAAGAAUGUUAUUGUUCAUUUGCAAUUUAGUGUUGAAGACGGUCUAGUUCCUGAAGAAGGCUAUAAUCCCUGGGCUUCUGCACUUGAGGAUGGAAAUGCGAUAAUGGGGCCUACAUUUUCUAGCCCCAAGGAUUGUGAAGUACUUAUGAUGGUUGGAUUACCAGCAUCUGGAAAGACUACUUGGGCCGAGAAAUGGGUGAAGGAGCACCCUGGAAAACGCUAUGUUUUGCUUGGGACUAACCUGGCCUUGGACCAAAUGAAGGUACCUGGACUAUUGCGUAAGCAAAAUUAUGGUGAACGUUUUGACCGUCUAAUGGAUCGAGCAACAGGGAUUUUUAAUACUCUAUUAGCUCGUGCUGCUAAGACACCACGCAAUUACAUUCUUGAUCAAACAAAUGUUUACAUGAGUGCCCGCAAACGUAAACUAAAGCCAUUUGUAAACUACCGGAAGGUUGCAGUUGUUAUCUUCCCAAAACCAGAUGAGUUGAAGCUUCGUGCAGCAAAACGGUUUAAGGAAAUGGGAAAAGAAGUACCUGCAGAAGCAGUUAAUGAGAUGCUAGCAAAUUACGUCUUGCCCACGAGCAAAGACAUGCCUGGAUCAGCUGAGUUUUUUGACCAGGUUAUGUUUCCUGAGCUCGGCAGAGCAGAGUCGCAGAGAUAUUUGGAUGAGAUGAAGCGUGCACUAGGGUCUCCAUCCAACUUCAAGCCGAAUAGCAAUCUAUCACCUUAUUCUCAUGAAAGUUCCAUCCAUUCAUACAAUAGCCCUUCACUGCAAAAUCAUGCACCCUUACCAGCACCUUCUGGGCAUUGGAAGAAUUCUCAUUCACCUCUUCCUCAACCAGAUUAUGAUUACAGGAGGCCCCAGCAAAUGAAUCCAACAUAUUCAGGGACUGCACUACAUGGAAAACCAGAAUAUAGUCUUGGAGAGUACCAGUCGGGGUUAAGCAAUCCUUCUAUUCCAAGGGAUAGUCCGCAUGGGACCUACUCAAAUUAUGGUAGGAGUUUUCUUCCUAGGGAUGACAGUAAUGCACAUGGGUAUGGCAAAGAUGACCUUUUCGGCAGACCAGACUACGGAGGCAUUGAUCCAUACAACAGAUCUGGCCUGGAAAGCAGGAGUGCCAUUCCCGUAGGCAGUAAUAGAUACCAGAGCUAUUAUGAGGUUGAUCCCUCUGGUAGAUCCAACUUUGGAAGGGAGAGUCUCUACAGCCCUCCAAUUGGGCGUUCCUCAUUCAGCAAUAGUGGUAGGCACCUUGGGGACCCUUUAUCUCCUCAACCUGCUCUGCAAGCUCCAAGGGGAUCCCAAUUUCUGCACAGUCCAUUGACAACCUCUUAUGGUUCACCUUAUGGAACACCACCUUUGUCUGCAGGUCCCCCUAAUGGAACACCACCUCCCAGACCUUCCUAUGAAAAUUUUCCAACCAGUGAAUGGCGACAAUCUGGAGGAUGCGCUCCUCCUGGUCCAAGGUACUACUAAUUUGAGCAAUGAUAGUUGGACCUGCUUCGGUGCUAAUGUCGAUAUACUGUUGGAGAUGAUUUCUACUUCUAACACUUAUCCAAGCCAUAAUCACUUUCAUUGGGCACAAUUGAAGUUGGCAUUACCAAGAACUGCGAGGAAAAACAGAAUAGCCAUUUUUACAGGAGUUGGUUUCAAGAUUUUAUUUUUAACUUAAAGUGAUACUCCUUUUUGGUUCAGGAGCUAAUGUCAUGUUAUUGUGGAACCUUGUAUAUCUGAUCCAAGUAGAAGGAUGUGGAACCUUGUGUAUAUGCUUUUACCAGGAGCUUGUAAUCUGUUACUAACAUUUGAAAGGCUCUUUCAUAAAUUCAUGGGCGUUAACCAU